AUGUCAGGCCAAAACGAAGAGCUCUCCUUGCCUUCGUUAUUCCACCGCGCUCUCACGACCGCGGCCCAAGCAGUAGACCUACCCACUAUUCAAGACGAAACUCAGAGUCUCAUCCGAUCAGCAAUAAAUGACCUUGGCCAAUGCAGGUCUCGCAUAUCAGCGCUCUCAUUGUUCAGCCCCAACGAGCACCUCUCGGACAUCCCCACGCGCGAUUUGGUGUAUAUCCUCGUGCCAUACGCGCUUUCCGAAGUUCUAUCUCGGGUGAAGGCCACGGGUAGAGAAGAGCGGCUGGAAAUUGCAAACAAUGUCAAGCGAUGUCUGGAAUCCUUCGUCAAUUACCUUGAGUCGUAUGAGGUCAUCAGCGAAGAGGACAAGACGUUGUACGGCGCCUCAGCUGCCUCUCUCAUCGAUCCUGCCAAGCGAAGAGAGCUCAAAAUCAAGCAGUUUAAAAGGGAGAAAGAUAUCAAAGCUAGAAUCGAGACGGUUAGGAGACGCACGAACCAAAACGUUGUCGAGACCUCCUCCAAUCUAGAGCUCAUUGCGUCCAUGCUCCCGGCACCUUCAGACGUGUCAGAAUCAGAAGACCUGGACAGCGAUACGGAAGAUGCAAUGCGAGAAGGUCUGAUUCUGCUUCUGCGAUACCUUUUCGCCGAAUCCCGGACGCAAUUGGAGAGCACAAUCCAAGAAAUGGAGCUGCUGCGACACGCGCCUCCAGAACCAUCCCAGCGAUCUCUCGACGACCCUCGUAUGGGGAGUAGACGUGAGGAAGAUAACAUAUGGAGGCUCGAUCCACCCCUCAACAGAGGUGGACCGGACGGGAAGGGCCCCUUGCUUGACCCGCAAGGAAAGCCGCUCCGACCAUUCAUGAUACUGCCCUCAAACGCGGCAGAACGCGCAAGAAUUCAAGCACAAGUCUUCCAAGCCGAUCAUCGUCUGCCGACCAUGACUAUCGACGAGUAUCUCGCGAUUGAACAGGAUCGUGGCAACAUCAUUUCCGGCGGAGGGCCGGCCUCUGAACAGCAACCGACCUCUAAAGAACAGCUAACGCUGGACGCGGAGCAGGAUGGUACGGCGUUUGGGGAGGAUAAGGCUGAAGAAAAAAGGCUUAAAGACGAGUCGUGGGCUCGGUAUACAGACGCCAACCCAAGGGGCUCCGGGAACACCAUGAACCGCGGUUAA